AUGCCUGCAGAACCAAUUAGAUACGUGACUACAGUUGAUCUUGAUAAACCCGGAGAUGUACAACCACAGGUGCACAAUAGAUGGCACCCCGAUGUACCAUUUACUGAAACUAUUAAACCAGGAGAGACGGUGAAGCUUGAAUGUUUGGACUGGACGGGGAACCAGAUCAAGAACAAUGACUUUGCGGAUGAUAUUUUGAAUGUUGAUCUUUCACGUAUUCAUUACUUGUCUGGUCCUUACAAUAUUGAGGGUGCAGAGCCUGGUGAUGCCAUUUUGGUUGAAAUCAAGGAUGUGCAGCCAUUGGAAAGGCAACCCUGGGGGUAUUGUGGCGUUUUCCACAAGUCCAAUGGUGGUGGGUUUUUGGACAAGUUUUACCCUGAGGCUGCAAAAGCGAUUUUUGAUUUUGAAGGUAUUCAUGCUACUUCAAGACAUUUGCCGCAUACCAAGUUCACUGGGUUGAUUCAUCCGGGUAUUAUUGGCACUGCGCCGAGUGAGCAAGUGUUGAAAGAAUGGAAUAGUAGAGAAACUGGGUUGAUUACCGAGAUUCAACAUUUGCAUGAUACGCCGGUUGCACAGGCACCGUUGGUAAAAAAUGCACAUGGUGGAAAGGCAACAGGUGAGGUGUUGAAAAGGAUUGCAAAGGAAGGCGCGAGGACCAUACCGGGAAGACCGGAGAAUGGUGGCAAUUGUGAUAUUAAGAAUCUAAGCCGUGGUUCGAAAUGUUACCUUCCUGUAUAUGUCGCUGGUGCCAAAUUAUCCAUUGGGGAUUUGCAUUUCUCGCAAGGGGAUGGUGAGAUAUCAUUCUGCGGUGCUAUAGAGAUGGCAGGGGUCAUUACGAUAAAUGUAAAGUUGAUUAAACAAGGUGUAGAGAAGUUAUCAUUAAAGAGUCCAAUGUUUAUUCCGGGUGAUGUGCAGAAUCAUUAUGGUUCUUCAAGGUAUUUGACAUUUGAAGGAUUUUCCGUCGAUGAGGAUGGCAAGCAAGGAUUUCUCUGUGCCACUACGGCAUAUAGACAAUCUUGCAUCAGAGCAAUUGAGUAUUUGAGAGGGUUUGGAUAUAAUGAUUAUCAGAUUUAUUUGCUCUUGUCGAGUGCACCCAUUGAAGGUCAUAUUGCAGGGAUUGUUGAUGUUCCAAACGCGUGUACGACAUUGGGGUUGCCGAUGGAUAUAUUUGAUUUCGACAUCUCGCCAGAAUCCAAAUUAGAGAAAUCCGGUGACUUGGACUUGGAUAUGGGCAACUGUGCUUUUGUCAAGGGAGCUAACCACAGGGUAACAUAUGAGUUCUAA